AUGGUGGCUGCUGAGAUGGUGGCUGCUGAGAUGGUGGCUGCUGAGAUGGUGGCUGCUGAGAUGGUGGCUGCUGAGAUGGUGGCUGCUGAGAUGGUGGCUGCUGAGAUGGUGGCUGCUGAGAUGGUGGCUGCUGAGAUGGUGGCUGCUGAGAUGGUGGCUGCUGAGAUGGUGGCUGCUGAGAUGGUGGCUGCUGAGAUGGUGGCUGCUGAGAUGGUGGCUGCUGAGAUGGUGGCUGCUGAGAUGAUGGUGGCUGCUGAGAUGGUGGCUGCUGAGAUGGUGGCUGCUGAGAUGGUGGCUGCUGAGAUGGUGGCUGCUGAGAUGGUGGCUGCUGAGAUGGUGGCUGCUGAGAUGGUGGCUGCUGAGAUGGUGGCUGCUGAGAUGGUGGCUGCUGAGAUGGUGGCUGCUGAGAUGGUGGCUGCUGAGAUGGUGGCUGCUGAGAUGGUGGCUGCUGAGAUAGAGGCUGCUGAGAUGGUGGCUGCCGAGAUGGUGUCUGCUGCUCUCCCCUGCGACCACUCCUCCUUUGCCGCCGCACUUCCAUCCUUGCCAUUCUGGCUCUUUGUGCCGCACCCGUCCGGCUCCGUAACCCAUCCCCGGCCUCUGACUCCCUUGCACCAUGGUCAGCUCCGCGUCCGCCACGGGUCUGCUACGCACGGGCCUCUUCGACCCCAAAGAGGUAGUUCGCCAUUGCAGCGCACUGGGCCCGGCAUCUCCUCACGAGUUUGCCAAACUUCUGCUUGGUGCGGCAGUUUGCGAGCUUCUUGA